UAAAAUGAGAACAUACAUUCAAGAAACAUUCGAUUGAGAACCCUGUUCUUUACAUUUAGAGACUUCCACGAAGAAGCAUCUCGAUUUAUUGGUAAGAUGGGUUUUCAAAAUAUUUGGUAUUCGCAUCCACGAAAAUACGGUCAAGGAUCUAGAUCUUGCCGUGCUUGUGCAAAUAAACAUGGACUUAUCCGUAAAUAUGGUUUGAAUAUAUGCCGACAAUGCUUCAGAGAAUAUGCAGCUGAUAUUGGUUUCAAGAAGUUGGAUUAGUAUGUUAGAAAAAAGUUUAACAGGAAAACAAAUUCCAACAAUAUACUAUUGAAUGCAUCAAAAAUCAUGCAAAAUUUUAUUAUCAAGAUGAAUAAACUGAUAAUUUGUAUAAAUCUAAUACAAAAAUAAAUGUAAUUUCAGAAA